GCGCCGGGCCCCGCUCACCUGCUGCCGGCGGCGGGGGCGGAGCGGCGGCGGGCUCCCGCGGCGAGGCUCCCGGCGGCGGCACGAUGGUGUGCGGCGGCUUCGCCUGCUCCAAGAACUGCCUCUGCGCCCUCAACCUGCUCUACACGCUGGUGAGUCUGCUGCUGAUUGGAAUUGCAGCAUGGGGAAUUGGCUUCGGCCUCAUCUCUAGUUUCAGAGUUGUUGGAGUGGCAAUUGCUGUAGGCAUCUUCCUCUUCUUCAUUGCCUUAGUUGGAUUGAUUGGUGCAGUGAAACAUCACCAAGUGCUGCUGUUCUUUUACAUGAUUAUUCUCUUGCUAGUCUUCAUUGUCCAGUUUUCUGUCUCCUGUGCCUGUUUGGCACUGAACAAGGAACAGCAGAGUCAACUUCUAGAGGUGGGAUGGAAUAACACUAAAAGUGCAAGAACAGACCUUGAGAGAAAUCUGAAUUGUUGUGGAUUCAGAUUUUUUGAUCCAAAUGAAACCUGCUCCUCUGAUUGUUUUAGAAGUCACCAGUGUCAACCAUGUGCGCCAAUAAUAGAAGAAUAUUCGGGAAUGGUGCUCAGAUUUGUUGGAGGCAUAGGACUUUUCUUCAGUUUCACAGAGAUUCUGGGAGUCUGGCUGACCUAUAGAUACAGGAACCAAAAGGAUCCCCGUGCAAACCCUAGUGCUUUUCUUUGAUAAGUUUAUAAAGGACUGAAUCUUCUUUCUGCAUCCUCUACUUCAGAAUACUAGAUCUCCAUAGUUUAGUGUUUCUCUGUAGUAGGAAUACUCUGUGUACCAGAAGGAAAAUUCACCUUCUAUAAGUUUGCAGUUUUCAUCUUUAAAUAUUCACUGUUUUUCUUAUAAGAAUCACUAUCUUGAAGUAGAUUGGCAUAUUCAGUAGUUGGGCAGAAUCAGAAUGCUGUUCUGAGCUGAUAAUUUUUUGUUAAAGACUUUGGUAGUUGGUGUGGUGAACUCUAUUCAGUGAGUUUUGAAGCACUACUAGCUUCUCUGGUGUCCAAAAAAAAAAAAAAAAAAAAGUGUUUU